GACUGGUCAACAAAGGCACGUGAUUCCCGAGCGCUCUCCCAUAUUUGGCCGCAUACCUGGCAAAGUUCAGUAGGCUUCAUUGCUAUAAUUCAUGAUUACAUCAUAAAUCGUGAAGCAGAGGAUUAUAGCGACAAAGAUCUACAAAUCCAGUCUUUAAAAACAACCAAAUGAGCUCUUACUUUGUUAACUCGUUUUCAGGGCGCUAUCCGAAUGGCUCCGACUAUCAGUUAUUAAAUUAUGGGACUAACGGCGCUGUGAACGGUACGUUUAGGGAUUCUGGCACCAUGAACUCCGGGUCUUUCGGCUGCAACUACAAUGGCAUGGACCUAACCGUAAAUCGCACCAACACUGGUAGCCACUUCGGGGCUGUUGGGGAUGAUACCCGUGGUUUCCCGUCCACGGGCACGGACGCCCGGUACAGACAGCCGACCUGCUCGCUCUCGUCUCCACAUCCACACCCCCUGCCUUGCGGCACCCCCGAGUCUUUGGAAAUAAAAAGCCCCUCUCCUCCAUCUGACCGGACCACGACCUCGGGCGGCAAUAAUAAUCUCAACAAAGGCAACAACAGUCAUUUCACAGAGAUAGAGGAUACCACCGUUGUCUCUGAGUCCGAGGAAGGUGCACACACAAGCAGCACGGCUCCCCGGGCGCAACAACCACAACAGGAGUCCAACGCAACCUCCACGACGGCGAACGAUUGCCAAACGCCACAAAUAUUCCCUUGGAUGCGGAAACUGCACAUUAACCAUGAAAUGGCUGGACCUGAUGGGAAAAGGGCCCGAACAGCGUACACCCGCUACCAGACGCUAGAACUGGAGAAAGAAUUUCACUUCAAUAGAUACCUAACCCGGAGGAGGAGAAUAGAGAUAGCCCACACUUUGUGCCUCACGGAACGACAAAUAAAAAUAUGGUUCCAGAAUCGAAGGAUGAAAUGGAAGAAGGACAAUAAACUGAAAAGUAUGAGUCUGGUGACAGGAGGUAGCGCGUUCCAUAACUGAGCUCGAACUGCAAGUGAUGAUAAGGGGGAAUCCGGAGUGUAAAACUAAAGCGCAGCACCUUUCGGCAUGUUGUGAUUUUAGACGGAAAUAUGUUCUGUGGUCUUAAACAGGCGUUUCGUUUUCCAUUGUGUUAUGGUAACCCGUAUAACUUAUCUUUGGAAAUAGGAGGGGGGGG